AUGUUUGAUCUUACAAAUCCAUCAACUGAUUUAUAUUCAAAUCCGUAUGUAUCAACAGCAUAUCGGCCAUUUCCAUCAGCUCCACCACCUUCGUUUCUAUUCAAUAUACCAACUUCUACUGAUGAUCAACAACAACAACAACGUUUCACAGAUUUUUCCUCAUAUCCAAAUCCAACACAAGAUCUUAUGGCAUAUCCAAUGUUCGAUCCCGAACAGUAUACAAAUAAUCAAUAUCAUUCACGACAUAUUGAUCCAACAAAUCAAACAGCAUUUUUACCAUAUAUAUAUCCAUCAUAUCGUCCUGGACUUCAUUCAACAUCAUCUAAUAAUAUAGUUAAUGAUAAAAAUGACAGUCAUAUUUGUAAAUGGAUUGAUCCUGAUACAAAUCAAAUGUGCAAUCGAAUAUUUUCUCAUAUGCAAGAUAUUGGUAAGAAUAAAAGAAAAUGA